CUCCCUCUCUCUUGCUCUGCCUCUCCAGUAUUCUCUCGGUUGCCGUGAAAGGCAGAACACACACACAGGCGGCAGGAUGUCGAUCGUCAGCAUCGUUGCCAGGGAGAUCUUGGACUCCCGGGGAAACCCCACUGUGGAAGUGGACCUUAGCACAGAGAAAGGUCUGUUCAGGGCUGCCGUGCCCAGCGGAGCCUCCACAGGGAUCUACGAGGCUCUAGAACUCCGAGAUGGAGACAAAAGCCGCUACAAGGGCAAAGGUGUUUUGAAGGCAGUCGGGCACAUCAACGAUUCUCUGGGUCCCGCCCUUAUAGCCUCUGGCAUCAGCGUGGUUGAGCAGGAGCAGUUGGACAACAUGAUGAUCGAGAUGGACGGCACAGAAAAUAAAUCUCAGUUUGGAGCCAACGCCAUCCUGGGAGUGUCUCUAGCCAUCUGUAAGGCUGGUGCAGCGGAGAAAGACGUCCCCCUGUACCGCCACAUAGCCGACCUGGCUGGAAACACAGAGCUGGUGCUGCCGGUUCCUGCCUUUAAUGUGAUAAAUGGAGGUUCCCAUGCUGGGAACAAACUGGCCAUGCAGGAGUUCAUGGUUCUUCCUGUUGGAGCUGAGUCUUUCAAGGAGGCGUUGAGGAUAGGAUCGGAGCUGUACCACACACUGAAGGGGGUGAUCCAGGAGAAAUACGGCCAGGAUGCCACCAAUGUGGGAGAUGAGGGAGGAUUUGCUCCCAACAUCCUGGAGAACAGUGAGGCUCUAGAUCUGCUGCAGACAGCCAUAGAGAAGGCCGGCUUCACGGACAAGGUGGUGGUCGGGAUGGACGUGGCCGCCUCAGAGUUUUACCGCGAGGGGAAAUACGACCUGGACUUCAAAUCCCCACCAGAUCCAGAGAGACACAUCUCAGGAGAGGAGCUGGCUGACAUCUACCAGGGCUUCGUCAACAACUACCCAGUGGUGUCCAUCGAGGACCCGUUCGACCAGGACGACUGGGAAGCCUGGUCCCGUCUGACGGCCCAGGUGGGGAUCCAGGUGGUGGGGGACGACCUGACUGUGACCAACCCUAAGAGGAUAGAGAAAGCCGCUGAAGAACGAGCCUGCAACUGCCUGCUGCUCAAAGUCAACCAGAUCGGCUCCGUCACUGAGGCCAUACAGGCGUGUAAACUGGCUCAGGCGAAUGGCUGGGGUGUGAUGGUCAGCCAUCGUUCAGGAGAGACAGAGGACACCUUCAUCGCUGACCUGGUGGUGGGACUCUGCACUGGACAGAUUAAAACUGGAGCCCCCUGCAGAUCUGAGAGACUGGCAAAGUACAACCAACUCAUGAGGAUCGAGGAAGAGUUGGGCGACCAGGCUCGUUUUGCAGGCCAUAACUUCAGGAACCCCAGCGCCCUGUGAAGCUGACAGACAGACGAAUGACACACACACACACACGCACACGCACGCACACACACACACACACACACACACACACACACACACACACACACUCACGACAAACAUGGAACGAGCCAUGUACAGUGAAAUAACACACGAGCAAAAGAGCCAAGCAAAAAUAAAUAAAAUAAAAUAAAUUAUGCACUGGACUUAUAGGUAGGGAGGUGAUGCUGUAUGCACAUAGAGUACGCAGAUGCAACAAGCACUCACGCACAUGCAGGGGAAAACCAUAAAAAUAUAAAAUUUAUAAGCCAGACAUGCACUGUUACUGUAGUUUUAAAGGAAUAGUUCAUGUACAGCCAGAGGAUAGACCUGCAAAAAUAAAGAUUAUUGUUGUAAAAACAGAGAGAUAAAUAAGUAGAAAUAUAAUAGAAUUAUAGACUGACGCACGCUACUGAAAGAGAUGAAAAAAAAAUACAACUUUCAGCACCAAAAGAGGACGAUGCACCCGCAGAAAGAAACACUUAACAGUGAUUUCAGGAACUGAGUGAAAAAACAAGAAAACUACACAAACACGUGAACACUUACACAUUCAGCUGGACACUGAAGUACCUGCACUCCACCCACUACUGUCCUCCUCCCCUCUUUUUGUCUCUGUUUUCUUCUUGCCGUGUCUGUUUUCUCAGUUUCUAAAACCCUCUUUUUCUUCCUGAUGUGAUUCUGAUUAUUUCUCCUUUUCUGCUUGAAAUCCCACCUUUGUCCUAAAGAAAAAGAAAAAGAUCUAAACCCUGAAUCCCUUCGUUCCUUCUGUUCCUCCUGAAUGUCCAUAGAAUAGAUGUGUUGAGAAAGAAGAAAUAUCAUUUAAAAAAGCAAAAAAAAAAAGAACGCUUGCCAUUGAAAAUAAUGUGAAAAUAUGUGAAAUAAAAAGAUGGUAAU